AUGGAGACGAUGGACGAGGAUGACCGGGCCGACAGAGCCAUCUCAUCAGAGAACAACAAACAUUCCAAGCGAGAUCGGCUCAAGGGAGCAUUGGCCCGCACGAAGAGCAAGUUCAAGAAGGAGAACGAGAGACCCAAAGAAGCAGAACUGCCCGACGACGUGAACGACUUUCUAGCUGCCGGGAAAGCAUCAACCUCAAGCGCAGGACGUUCCUUUCCACAGCGUUCAACAGUCACGCCUAUUGACGAGCAGUCGUCCUCUCCCACCUCCACGAGACCAUCCACCUCCGAUUCCUUUGCCAAUUCCUUUGCCGCCCAACGAUCCCCCAGAAAGAUCUCCGUCCCUAAGAUCGACGUUUCGAACGCCCAAAGAUGGCCUCGAGCACAGUCAGUGGGAACAACAGAGCAAGAUAUCAACGAUUUCCUCCGACCUGAAUACCAAGCCCGCAGUCAAUCCGCGAGCUCGUUCUCCACUCAGCCAAAGAAGAAGGGACGAGGCAGGAAACUGAGUGUCUCAUUCAAUGAAGCACCUCCAGUCAUCAUCGGCGAGGGAGGUGACGAUGCACCCACACCCCCGGUCGAGAUCGGGAAGGCCAGGCAACGAGCGAGAUCGGCAUCGCCAGUUUCUCGUCGUGGUCAACAUCCGCCAGGGGGAUCUAUGGACGGGACUUAUGGCAAACGACCCAGUCCAGCCCCUCCGCCAGCUGGCCAAGUACAUGCCCCUCCGGAUGUCCUUCGGCCCCGGAUGAUGCAGCGCGUCCAGACAGGCUUUGCUGUCGACUCUAUUGGCACCUCCGGGCUAGACAAGGAGUUUGAAAUGACCCUUCGGGUAGGAGAGACUGCCAAUUCUCCUGCCAGCAGAGAAACACCAGAGAUUAUCGCUCCUAGGCCUGUCCGGAUUGUGCAGCCACCGCCUGCGGUGUUUGAAGAGUCGGCCGAAUCUCAGAUUGUCAAGAAAGAACCCGCCAGUCCAGAUUUGCGCGAACAGUUCCGGGAGGGUGACGCUCUUCGAAUGCAUCUCGAUAAAGAGGGACCGGACGUUGUUGACGAAAUUAGACAGGGCAGACCCGUGAGAAGAGGUACCACCCAAGACAAACAAGAGCCGUCGAAUUGGUUUUGA